AUGCAUAGCUACUCCAAAAUUGGCGGUUCCUCCGACUUUGCCGCCCGCUACCCAACACGCAUCUUGGUCGGCUAUUGGCUCUACUCAUCGGAGCCCGAACCAGACCAACACGCUGUCUACGGCAUCCUCAGCCGCGAUGGCAAGCUGCGCUUCAAGCUCGUUUCAGAGAACCGUGAGGGCAACAUCAUUCGCGGAAAUUAUCCACCUCCCUCAGAGACAUGGCUUAUCCAUGAGGAGAUUGUCCUGCUCCCCCAUCUUGUCAACCUGAACCGCCUUGGUAUGAAGGAAUACUGCCGCGAGCGGGGUAGGCAGGUCACAGCUGGCGAGGACGCCGCCAGUGUCGAGGCCAACGUGAAGAAGGCCGUCGAGUACGCCGAGCGCAUCUCAACCACCGGCGAGGGCCAGCGUCCCCGCAAUCUUCGCUGGGAGCGCGAAAAGUGCGCCGACCGCCAGCGCGCCAUCCGGAAGAUUGGCACCGCCAGCGCCCAGGCCAAAGCUAUGCACGAACAGGCCCAUGGCAUCAAGGCCGCCUCCCCGCCCUCAGACCUCGACCUCUCUCGCCCGGUUCAAAAGCCGCCUUCGCACCAUCGCACAUCGUCUGCCGCGUCCAAGAAGAGGCGUUCUGCCUCGCCGCUUCCUGACGAGCCCAGCCCCGCCGACAGAGACCCGUACAAGCCGCCAUCGCCCAGGCUCCGUGGCCACCGUUUGCCCAAUGACCGGCCCACGUCGUCAUCCUUUCGGCCAGCCAACAUCAAGGUUGACGACGACACGGACCGCCUGCCACCUCUCAAGGCCUUUUGCGCGACCAACGGCCUCGACGAAAAGGAGCGCUUGCCGCCCCUGCACGCUACCCUCGCUGGCGAGGUCAUGGACCUGGACGACAAGGAGCGGCUGCCCCCCAUCCAAAGCAUCGCCCCCAGGCCGACGCGGCAGCCUCUACCCCAGAACCCAUAUGGUUCGCCUCCUGCGCCGCGUAAGGCUCUCCCGACGUCGGCGGCCCACAGGAAGAGCACUUCGACCGACGAUAGGACAAUUGUGGCUGCCAGCCCGCCGACGGGCGACGAGGAGGACGAGGAGGACGAGCCGAGAUCGACCGUAUUUAACGGUGUCACCUACGUGCGCAGGACAACUGGCUCCUUCCGGGGGAAGCUCGUCUCGCCCGGCAAGAUUAUUACGAUUGAGGGACAGGAUUAUGUUGAGUACUGCGUGUUGGCGAAGCUGUCUUUUGUAUAA